AUGCACACAGCAAGUGCUCUAGUACGAAAUACUGUGCUUUUUAAUCCUGCUUUAAGACCAUCGUCACAAAUAAAUAAAAAUGUAACAAAAAUUGCAUCAUAUUUACAUCGUAGACCGGUGGAACGGAGAUUGUUAAGCAGCUUUAAUGUUUUCGGGUAUAACAAUGAAAGAAUUUGUAGUUAUAACAAUGGAUUUCCAUUCAUGAAGCAGGUUUACAAUAGCUGUCAAUAUUCAACUGGUAAUAAAAAUGACACUGAAGAUGAAGAGCCAGCAGUAGAAGUCAAAGAUGAAACUCCGCUAUUCUCAAGUCAAUUACCAGCCACAGUAGCUGUGCCAGAAGUAUGGCCUCAAGUACCAGUGAUUGCAAUCAAUAGAAACCCAGUAUUUCCAAGAUUUAUUAAAUUAAUUGAGAUCUCGAAUCCAGCACUAAUAGAUUUAAUUAGAAGAAAAGUCAAAUUGAAUCAGCCCUAUGUGGGUAUAUUUCUUCGAAAAAAAGAAGAUGAAAAGUCUGAUGUUGUAUCAAGUUUGGAUGACUUGCAUCAAGUCGGAGUGUUUGCCCAAAUACAUGAAAUGCAAGAUAUGGACUAUAGGUUAAGACUUGUUGUAAUGGCACAUAGAAGAAUAAAAAUAACUGGGCAGUUUGUUGAAGAUGAGAUUGAGACUGGACCAGCAGAAAUGAAGCUCAAGUUUCCGGUAUUUAACGUGGAAUUUAACGUUACGCGUGAAGAAUCGGAUGCUGAGCGACGGAGGCGGAAACAUCGCAAUUCGAGACGGCAACGUAACGAAUCCGACACGGAGAAGGAUGUAGACAAGGAGGGUAAGAAACCACCUCCAGACCAGGUCAUGAUGGUGAAGGUGGAGAACAUGAUGCACGAGAAGUUCCAGCAAAAUGAAGAAGUGAAAGCAUUAACUCAAGAAGUGAUUAAGACUAUCCGGGAUAUUAUAAACAUGAAUCCUUUGUAUAGGGAGUCUCUCCAUCACAUGCUAGCGCAAGGCCAGCGCGUGGUGGACAACCCGGUGUAUCUGAGCGACCUGGGCGCAGCACUUACCGGCGCUGAGCCUACAGAGCUGCAGGCCGUGUUGGAGGAAAUGGAUAUACCCAAACGUCUGAUGAUGUCGCUGUCUCUACUGAAGAAGGAAUAUGAAUUGUCCAAACUCCAGCAGAAGAUUGGUAAAGAAGUAGAAGAAAAAGUUAAACAACAACAUCGAAAGUAUAUCCUUCACGAACAAUUAAAGGUAAUAAAAAAAGAGCUAGGUCUAGAGAAGGAUGAUAAGGACGCUAUUGGAGAGAAGUUUCGAGAACGUCUCGCGGACAAGCAAGUGCCUCAAGCGGUGCAAACUGUGAUAGACGAAGAACUGAAUAAGCUCAACUUUCUGGAAAGCCAUAGCUCUGAGUUCAAUGUUACCCGUUGUUACCUUGACUGGCUUACCUCAUUGCCGUGGGGAGUGACGUCAGAAGAGAACCUGAAGCUAGAAGAAGCUCAAGUGAUCCUAGACGAAGACCACUACGGCAUGGAGGAUAUAAAGAAGAGGAUAUUGGAGUUCAUAGCAGUGUCUCAGCUGAAGGGCAGCACCCAGGGAAAGAUAUUGUGCUUCCAUGGACCACCCGGUGUGGGGAAAACUAGUAUAGCCCGUUCAAUAGCCCGCGCGCUCAACAGACAGUACUUCAGGUUCUCGGUGGGCGGCAUGACGGACGUGGCGGAGAUCAAGGGCCACCGCCGCACGUACGUGGGCGCCAUGCCCGGCAAGCUCGUGCAGUGCCUCAAGAAGACCGGCACGGAGAACCCGCUCGUGCUCAUCGACGAGGUCGACAAGAUUGGCAAGGGCGUGCACGGCGACCCCUCAUCAGCUCUGCUAGAACUCCUGGACCCGGAGCAGAACGCCAACUUCCUGGAUCACUACCUGGACGUGGCGGUGGACCUCUCCCGCGUGCUGUUCAUCUGCACCGCUAACGUCGUGGACAUGAUACCGGAGCCGCUUCGAGAUAGGAUGGAGCUUAUUGAUAUGUCUGGUUACGUAGCGGAAGAGAAGUUGGCGAUAGCUCAGCAGUACUUAGUGCCGACAGCACGCAAGAACUGCGGCCUCUCGGAGCAGCAGCUGGAGCUGACGCCGGCGUCGCUGCACGCGCUCAUCAAGUCCUACUGCCGGGAGAGCGGGGUCAGGAAUCUGCAGAAGCAUAUUGAAAAGAUCGCACGUAAAGUGGCCUACAAAAUAGUAAAGCAAGAAGCAGAGAAGAUGUCGGUUACAGAUGAGAAUCUGGCGGAGCUGGUCGGCAAGCCCACGUUCAAGCACGAUCGGAUGUACGACAUCACCCCGCCGGGGGUGGUUAUGGGCCUGGCCUGGACUGCUAUGGGUGGCAGCACUUUGUAUAUAGAAACAGCUCUCCGCAAUACAAUGAAGGAAGAAAAGGUGUCCCAAGGCUCGCUGGAGCUGACCGGACACCUUGGGGAUGUGAUGAAGGAGUCUGCCCGCAUUGCUCUCACCGUGGCCAGAAACUUCCUGGCUGAGCACUAUCCUGAUAACCAGUUCUUAAAUACUAGUCAUCUACACUUACACGUGCCAGAAGGCGCGACCCCUAAGGACGGUCCGUCGGCCGGCGUCACUGUCACCACGGCGCUACUGUCGCUAGCCCUACAAAGACCCAUCCGCCCUCAACUUGCUAUGACCGGGGAGGUCUCGCUCACUGGUCGUGUGUUGCCCGUGGGCGGGAUCAAGGAGAAGAUUAUUGCUGCUAAACGAGUGGGAGUGACGUGUGUGAUCCUCCCGGAGGAAAAUCGCCGCGACUUCGACGAUUUGCCUUCAUUUAUAAGGGAGGGCAUUGAAGUGUACUUUGUUAAUGAAUAUUCGGAUGUGUUCAAAAUCGCCUUCGACCAACAACAGCUAGCUGCGCUCGGAUAUAUCCCUAGAGGAGAGUCGGGAAAGUGCAAUAAGUUUCACACAAUC